AUGGAGUUGAUGAAGUCAGAUGUUGCAAACUCCGAACCCCAACAACAACAACAACAUUUCCAUGUCUUGGCUGUGGAUGACAGUCUUUUGGACAGGAAGCUCUUGGAGAGGCUCCUUAGAGGUUCUUCAUAUCAAGUGACUUGUGUGGAGUCUGGGGAUGAAGCUCUUAAAUAUCUGGGUUUGGUUGAUGACCUAAACCAAAAUUCUACAGCUUCCUCUUCAUCUACUUCCCCCCACUCAUCACAAGUACUAGAGGGAUCAAAAGUCAUCAAUUUGAUCAUGACAGACUACUGUAUGCCCGGGAUGAGCGGCUAUGAUUUGCUGAAACGGGUCAAGGGAUCUUCUUGGAAAAACGUACCAGUCGUGGUCAUGUCAUCAGAGAAUGUUCCUUCCAGAAUCAGCAUGUGCUUGGAAGGAGGGGCUGAGGAGUUUCUUUUGAAGCCACUUCAGCUAUCCGAUUUGAAGAAGCUUCAACCUUACCUGCUCAAAUCCCUUGAACAUCAUUCUCGUGACGACGACGACAACAAUGUCGUUCUAAAUGAGGUCGGUGGCGUUGACCCCGUUGACCAAAUCAAAAGCACCACUUCUGAGAAUAUUGUUAAGGGCAACAACAGCAACAACAACAACGUUAUUAUUAGCAAGAGGAAGGCAGUAGUGGCUGCUCAAACAAUAUCAGAGAGAAGGCCCAAGAUGGAGGGGUUAGCUCUGGUAGUAUAA